AUGGCCGCCAACAUGCAGCACAUGGCUGGCGUUGGCCAGAUGGGCAUACCACAACAGAUGCGAAAGCCCACGACUACGCAUCAACUACAACAAUACGUCUAUCAACAGAUUCUCGCCCGCUCACAAGGACAUGGCGGGUUGGCAUGGCACGCAAAUGUCAGCCUCAGUGACCGUAUGGGGAAGACGAUGGAGCUCAUCUCCAACAUUACGUUGGCCGUUAACAACAACGAUACCCAGCAAGCUGUCAGCAUGGCUUGCAAGUACGAGGAGGAGACUUUCAAAUCCUCACCAAGCAAGGAAGCGUACGAUGCAACUAUGAACGGCAAGAUCAUGGAGUUUUUCAAGAAACGACAGGAGAACGAGCCGAAUCUCCAAAAUUCUUUGAACGCCCAGGCCCAAGCUGCACAAGCCGCCCAGGCGCAGGCUAUGAUGAGCAUGCAGGCGCAGAUGGGUCGGGGCAUGGGCCAGAACCCCCAGCAAGGCUUCCAGCACCUCCAGCAUCAGAUGCAAGCAUCUCAAAUACCUCAGCAGCUUCAGCAACAACAAGCCCAGCAGCAGCAGCAGAUGGGCAUGGGCAUGGGCAUGCAAGCUGGGCGCGGCGGCGGCGGCAUGCCGAACCAGCAGGCCAUGGGCAUGCCCCCGAACCGACCACAGGCCCAGGCCGUCGCCAUCGAAAUGUCUCGACUCGCGCAAGCCGACAAAGCCAAGGUCAUGGAUCUUGCGGCGAAGCUCAUGUCCCAGACCCCCGAGCCGCAAAAGGCCCACACGCGGAUGCAGCUGCAGCAGAGACUGCCGCAACACCAGCUUGCCGAGCUUCAGUCCCAGGGCAAGGACCCUCUCCUGUGGUUCUUCCAGACGCAGGCGUUUCACAUGCUGAAGACCAACAUGAACCGUCUGCAGCAGCAGGGUGGACCCCCGGGCCAGAACGCCAACCAAGCCGCCAUGAUGCAGCAGCAGCGCAGUCAACAGUCCCUCCAGCAGCAGCGCCAGGGCAUGAUGAACGCGGGCGUGGGACAGUCCACCGACUUCUCCCAGUUUCCUCCGGGCAUGGAGAGCAUCAAAGACCAGCAGAUGACUGGUCUCAUGGCACAGCAAGCCGGGCAAAUGGUUGUUCCCGCCAGCGGAGCCGCUGCUCGGAACCCGACGCCGCAGCCGGGAAACCAGGCCAUGGCUGGCCAGCCCGGACCGAACCAGACUCCACGACAGCCCCAACAGCAGCCCCAACCGCACAUGCAGCAGCAGCAACAGGCCGCAAAUCUUCAACAGAUGAAGAUGAACCAAGCCCAGCAGUCCCAAGCCCAGCUCCAGCUGAAGCAGAUGCAGGGCCAGAAUGGCAUGAUGGGCGGUGUUGGUCCGUCGCAGAGCCCUGCCAUGAACACUCUCAACACACCUGUAUCACGUCCACCAGGAGGCGUCAAUGGCGGCAUGGGCCAGGGCAUGGGCCAAGGCGGUAUGCAGUUUGGUGACCAGCGAUUCAACCAGGGAAUCCAACGGCCGAACAGCCAGGCCUUCCAGAACAUGCUUGCCAGCAUGACGCCGGACCAGAGGCAAGCUCUCCACGGACUUGCGCCCGAUAAGCUCAACGACGUUAUGCGACGAUGGCAGAGCACACGACAGGAGCAAAUGGCGAUGAACAACGGUCAGAUGAACCCGCAGAACCGCCCACCGAACCAGUUUGGCGGUCAAAUGAACAUGAAUAUGGGCAUGGUCGGCGCCCAGGGCCCGCAGGUCAUGCAGCAGCAGCUGCCAAAUGGACCAGGCAACGGCAACCUCCAGCAGCAGCAAAUGCAGAUGCCGCGGAUGCCCAUACAGAACGCGCAGGCACAGAUGAUGAUGGACCAGAUGGAUCUCCCGCCGCAAGUCCACGCUCAGAUUGCUCAGCUGCCCAUCGAGGUCAAGAAAUGGAGGGACCUGAAGAUGUGGCUCGGCCAAAACAACACCCUGCCGCAAAACGUCAAGGGCCAGCUCAGCGCUCUGCAGCAGAAACAGUUCCAGAUUCUCAUGCAGAGACGGGCCUCGAUGCAGCAAGCUGGGCAAGCCCCCGGCAUGAACCCGAUGGCAGGCGGAAUGCCUGGUCAGAUGCCGAAUCAGCAGCAGCAGCAGGCGCAGCAGCAGCAGCAGCAGCAGCAACAGCAGCAGCAGCAGCAGGCUCAGCAGCAACAACAGCAAAUGGCCAUGCAACGGCCUAUGGGCAAUGUUCCUCAACAAGUGCUUCAGGUGACGCCGCAGGAGCUCAUGCAAGUUCGUGCGCAGCGACCUAACCUGGCUAAUAUGGCUGACGAGCAGCUGCGCGCCAUGGUGAUGCAUAUGAAGCGUCAGUCGUGGCUGCAGCAACAACAGCAGCAACAACAGCAGCAACAGUUGAGAGCUCAACAAGCACAGGCCCAGGCUCAGGCACAGGCACAGGCUCAAGCACAGGCUCAAGGCCAGCAGGGCACGCAAGGCCAGAUGCCUGGUGCUCCUCAAGCGCCGGUCCCGAUGCAACCAACGCAGUCAGCGCAGCAGCAGAACCGCACGCCGCAACCGCAAACCCAGGCCGGACCAAACGGUGCGAUGAGACAGACGGCCGCGAUGACUCAGGCGGGAGGCCAAAGGCAGCAGCAGGGCCAGGCAACUGAGCAGGCUCGCAACAACCGGCCGGCACCCGCCAAGAACAACCUGAAGCGGCCGAGCACCGACGACGCUGCGGACGUUGCGGAGCCAUCCAACGCUGCAGCCUCCGGUCCUUCGCGGCCGGCAUCUCAACCAAAUCAACAGCAGGGCACUAAAGGCCCGCAGUUGACGCCACAGCAGGUCCAGGCCCUGAACCCGGCGCAGCGAGCCAAAUACGAGCAGUACCUGAAGAUGCAGAUGGCUGGACAGGGCCAGCAGGCCGCGGCCAUGAUGCAGCAGCAGGUCGGUCAGGAGGGUGUCAACCGCCUGAGACAACUCAGCGGCGAGGAGGUGCGUGCCUUUAAGGAACAGCCAACGCCUGAAAUCGCCAUGAGCCCGCAGGAGCGCAACGAGACUGCCGCCAAGCUGCAACGGAUCGCGACCGACAUGGGCAAGGUUGGCCGCGGCCUCACCAAGUGGUAUUCGAUUACGCGGGACGAUGCACGCGCCAAGAUAUUCUUCAGAACCCGACUGCGCAUCAUGAGCCAGUUCUCCGACGGCGACGGAAUGCAGGUGCUCAAAGACAAGUUUAGCAUUCGAUCGUCCGAAGUGGACCAGGCUCGUACCAUGCUGGAAAGCAUGGCGAUGGAUCUCGCGGCGAACAUGCGCGGACUCAUGAAGCCUCCCGGUCAGGGACAAGCGGCCACUGCUGCGCCAAACUCGCAACAGCAGCAGCAGCAGCCGGCGGCGGCGGCGGCGGCAGCGGCGCAACAGCCUCAGCAGGGGACUCCCCAGGCCCAGCCGGCUCCGUUGAGCGCAGCCAACCUGGAGAAGAACUCGCAGGCACUGAACAAGAUGAACCAGCAAAAGGGUUCUGCCAAGGCCAACCAGGUACCGCCAGCUCCGACUGCGACACAGCCGCCGUUCCCAUUCGGGGCCGCUUCGCCGCACGGGAACCCGAGCUACAUCGGCAAACCCAAAGACAUGAACCUGCAGCUCCCACCUGCGCGGAAGAAGCCCAAGCUGUCUGGGCAACAGGCUGGCCAGACGUCGCAAGGCGCGACACCUUCGCCCAAGAUGAACAAGAAUGCAUCGCCCGAGAUGCGCCGAUCUGAGCCGCCGAAACCCGUGUUCACGUGCAAGGAUCCCGAGUGCGCCAACUCGACUCUUAGCUUCGCGACGGACCAGGCGCUCCAGCAACACGUCCAGGAGGAGCACGUCAAGCCGCACGAAGACCCGCUCAAGUUCUGUACGGAGCACCUUGCGCUGGCCCUUGGUCUGGAGCUCGACGGCUCGCCUAAGAAACCCGCGGAAACGUCGGUGGCCAUGAGCGUGUCGACCUCGAAGCAGGGCCAGACGCCAGGCAACGUUGGCGGAACACCGAUGUCGCAGGACGCUGGCAUGAAGAGGACGGCGAGCGCCGCCGGCAAGCCCCAAGAGACGAAGAAGUCGGGCAAGGCGGACGCCUCGGCGCCGAAGCAGGCCGACGGCAAGGCGGACGCGGCGUCGGCGGCGACCCGCGUGGAUCCCUGGGCGGGUUGCACCAUCGAUCCGCAGGCGUUCUUUGCCAACCUGGGCUGGGAGAAGGGCAUCGGGCUCCCGAACUUGGUUAGCGAAGCCAACAUGUAUCGGUCCCUGACGCCCAAGGACACUCCCGAGUCGAGCAAGGAUAGCGGUGCCAGCGAGCCAAACAGCGACAUCUCCGAGGGCACGGCGCUGGACAUUGACGUGUACUGGCACACGUACGAGAAUGUGGACUCGGACCUGUUGCUCAACCUCGACAGCGCCACGUUGAAUGGAGAGGCGCCGCUCAAAGGACCCGGCGGGGAGACGCUCGACCCGAUGCUACUCCUGGAGCCGCCCAUGGGCCCGGCACCGGAUUGGGAGGACAUGAAGAUUGACUUUUCGCAACCUUUCGAGCUGGAUACCCGGUUUUACAGUAUGGCGACGUAG